AUGUCGUUUGUAAAUAGAAAUUUUAUCUCGUUUUUCAUGUUUCGCACUACGACCGUUGGAUCGGUUAGCGAAGCAGGAGCCGGUGGUAACAGAAUCGAGCAGUCGUUAUUUCCUACGAUGAACGACGACGGAAAGGAUAUUAGUUUAAUUAGCUUCGAGUCGCUUAACACAGUUUGGGCUUCCUGGCUCCAAUUGACCAUUUCGGUGGCUCUCACGAUAACCGGAUUGAUUUACGCAUUUCGCCAAUGUUAUGCUAGCGACGAUGAAUGUUAUGCAUACUAUACUAUGCUGCACUUGCGAGCUUUCUUCUGGUUUUUGAUAUACAUCAUACAUCUUUUUGUAAAGAGCAGACAUAAUCGAUUGAAAAUUCUAGGAUAUCACGAGUUUCUUCAGCAAACGCAUCGUCAUAAAAAAGCCCCACUCAAAUUUGUAUCACUGUGCAAUUUACUUGUGUUAACUUUGCAUACAUUAUUGCUGCAAGUACUGGGAGCAAAUUUUUUUAUCGAUUGUAAGAUUUAUGGAUUCUCUGCGACAGUCGCUAUAAGUAUUUUUUGUGCGAUUGAAUGUGUCGUUUUAAUGGUUUUGCACAUAACCUAUUCUGCUAAGGUUCAUGUAUUCAAUAUCAUCCAAAGUCCGCCGGAUGCACUUUUAAAUCCUGAUCACUCUAACGGUGGUAUAAGUUCAAUGAAUCCAGAGGAGUUCAUUAGCCAGCAAUUUCUUUUAAUAGUAAAAUUGUUCGACGACAACCGUCAUUUGCAGGAUAAGAUUCGUGAGUUUCGUUCAAUGGCUCAUCUGAUUAAUAGUGAAUCUACCCAUCUUUCUUUAGCGGAAGAAUCUUUCAUUGGGUACUGA